GGGGGUGGAGGUGGAGCUUGUGCGCGGCCUCGCGCCUUUCCCUGGUGGCGGGAAAACUGGCUCGAGGUUUGAGGGGCUUGGAGAGUCUCUGCAUUACCCCACUCUGCUCCUCGCCCUUAGGUUCUCAUCUCUCCAGAAGUAGAUUUCAACAUUCGUUAUUGUGGAAGAAAAUACUUCGCCUGAAACAGAGGAGCAGAGACUUGACUUGUCAGACGGUGACUUCCAGAUUUUCCCUUCUCUAUUGAUCAGAGGCAUAAAGAAAAGUGUAGCUUCUGAGCUGAAUGAUGACAACCUUGCAGAGUAAAGAAUGCGGGAAGGGACCAAAGAAAACCUUUGCCCCACCUGCACAAAAACUGCAUAGCCUGAUGCCCUAUAACCUUAACUCAUCGAAGGAGGAGAUCCUGGGAAUCAGUUCCCCAGAGGCAGAGACCAGGCCAAGCCUGCUAAAGGCCAGGUUAGAGAAGAAGAAGAAGAAAACAACCAAAGAGAAUGGUACAAGCAGUGGCCAGGAGAUAAAAGGAAAGGCUCAAGACAGCAAGAAAGCAGAGAAGAAAGAAAAGGGAAAAUCAACUCUUACAAAUGCAGAAUUUGAGGAGAUUGUCCAGAUUGUGCUACAGAAGUCCCUCCAGGAGUGCUUGGAAAAUGAGAAAAUGGAGAAAGCUCAAAGUGGACAUGAGCACAGGCAGAAAGAUCAACUGAAGAAAACAGUUCAGGAUCAUUCUCAGAUCAGGGACCAACAAAAAGGAGAGGGAAGUGGUUUUGGUCAAUGUCUAGUCUGGGUCCAGUGUUCCUCUCCAAACUGUGAGAAAUGGAGGCGGCUACGUGGGAACAUUGACCCCUCAGUCCUCCCAGAUAAUUGGUCCUGUGACCAGAAUACAGAUUUUCACCUUAUGAGGCUCUUUCCGUCCCUUCAUUCCUCCUCUCCUUUGGCAGAUUUGGAGUAUAAUCACUGUGAUAUCCCUGAGGAGACCUGGACAGGGCAUGAGAAUGAAGUGGCCUAUGCCUCCUACAUCCCAGGAUCCAUCAUCUGGGCCAAGCAAUACGGUUACCCCUGGUGGCCAGGCAUGGUAGAAUCUGAUCCUGACCUGGGGGAAUAUUUUCUUUUUGCAUCUCAUCUUGAUUCCCUGCCGUCCAAGUACCAUGUGACAUUUUUUGGAGAAACAGUCUCUCGUGCUUGGAUCCCAGUCAACAUGCUAAAGAACUUCCAGGAGCUAUCCCUGGAGUUAGCUGCAGUGAAAAAGUGCAAGAAUAAGGACUUCAGCCAGAAACUGGGGGCAGCCCUGAUGAUGGCUCAAGAGGCAGAGCAGAUCAGUAUUCAGGAGCGGGUUAACCUGUUUGGUUUCUGGAGCCGAUACAGUGGAUCUGACUACAGUGGGGAAGGAAAAGAUGUAAUGCUCUCUGGGGCUAACAGCUUAGAUUCCUGCUUGGAGAAAGAAGAGGAAGAGUCAGAGGUGGAGGAAGAGGAGGAAGAGCAACAAAAAAAAGAUCCAACUUUGCCUGGUCCCAAGCCAGCCAAAAUUCAGACAAAAAAACCCAAGGCAAGAGGUGGAGCACAUGGACGAGAUGGAACCCCGCAAAGGAAGACAAUGAAGAGAUCUCUGGGAAAUGAAUCUGCAGCUCCAUCUUUACCCAUCAUGGGAAGGAAAAAAGGGCAUGGGAAUUCAGAACCUGAGCAGCCAGGCCCUAAGAAAAAAUUUAAAGCUCCCCAAAGCAAGGCCCCAGUAAGCAGCUCAUCUGAGGAAAAAGAAGCUAGAAUAGUGCCAGAGGUCCUGACCCCACCAGCUCCUCCCGGGGCCUGUCCCGUGGUGGGGAAAAAAGGGCCUGCACCCCAGGAGCCAUGGCCUCAGGAAGCUGGAAGUGUCCUCUCUGAUGAUGGAGCCUCCAGUGACCUGGACCUGGACCAACUCAUGGAGGAUGUUGGAGAAGAGCUGGAGCAGAGGGAGGAGCCACAGCACAGAGACGACGCAGGGGAGCUCGCCGUGACCUUCUGUGAGGAAUAGCCGUGGGCUCGCACCUCCUGCCUGCUCUCUCAUCCCUUCUGUGGGAGCAGGAGGCAGAGCCUCUCAGAGGAUCCCCGAGAAGCUGAUAAAUGUUGGGGUUGUUCAUUGGCUGUGAGGUUGGUUGGCUAAGGUCAGA